AUGCUAACCAGACGAGUAGGCUCUAUUGCGUAUAACGCUCACAGAGCAUCAUCAACUUACAGUGGACUAACAUCUGAACAGUUCAUGAGAAAAGCGACAAAUGAACCGAUAUUGGAAUACAAAAAGGGGAGCAAGGAAAGGCAAGAACUAGAAAUGGAAUUGGAGAGGAUGAGCCAGACGCCCACAGAUGUUCCUAUAAGGAUCGGCGACAAGAAAAUUCAUAACGAAGCCAUACGCAAUCAAGUCAUGCCUUCCGAUCAUAAAACUACUGUCGCAAAGUAUUCAUACGCGAAUGCGGAUCAGAUCCUUGAGGCAAUCAAUGUUGCCCUUGAAGCAAGAAUUCCAUGGGAGAGAAAACCAUUAAAAGAGCGAGCCGAUAUUCUUCUCCAUGCAGCCGAUUUGGCUGGCGGUAAAUAUCGUAUGAAGCUGAAUGCUGCCACCAUGCUCGGACAGGGAAAAAGCAUAGUUCAGGCUGAAAUUGAUUCUGCUUGUGAGUUGAUCGACUUUUUCCGUUUCAAUUCGAAAUUCGCCCUAGACUUGGAAAAGUAUGAACCAAUCAGCACGGGAAUCAGCACAAAUAAAAUGCUCUAUCGAGGCUUGGAGGGUUUCGUUGCUGCUAUUGCACCAUUCAAUUUCACUGCGAUCGGAGGCAACUUGUCGUCAGCACCUGCUUUAAUGGGGAAUGUUGUGUUAUGGAAACCAUCCGACACAGCGGUUCUCAGUAACUACAUCAUAUAUGAGCUGUUGGAAGAAGCUGGCAUUCCUCCAGGUGUGAUCUCGUUCCUCCCAUCGGAUGGACCUGAUUUUGGUGAGAUGAUCACAACAAGCAAACAUUUGAGCGCCAUAAACUUCACGGGUUCUGUCCCUACAUUCAAAACUAUCUGGCGAAAUGUAGCUAAGAAUCUGGACACCUAUGUGACAUUCCCGAAGCUCAUUGGAGGUAGGAUGUUAUGCUUCUUGAUUGCCUAUAUUUUCUUAUAUCAUGUUUAUUAUUGUGUUUUAUGGUAUUUUUUGUUUACUCGAGCAACAUUCUUUAGAUUUUAUAUUGCCGUAAUUUUUCUUGAGAAGAAAUGA